AAUCACCAUGGGACACAUCAAAAGAACUUGCAAGUGAAAUGACAUGGUCGGUUUCAAAAGAUUAUCCAUUACCCCCGGGUGUAAUUGACGAAUUGCGUGAUCGACAUAAACCAUGGAGAUAUAAUUAUCUUCACAAAAAUAGACCGUUUGUUUAG